AUGGCAUGCAAGGAAGAUGAGGAUAGGAUAGAAAAGAGAGUGAGCUAUAAAGAAGCAAAGCGGGCGACAAAGAAAACGGUAACUGAGGCAAAAAGCCAUGGUUAUGAGGACUUGUAUCGGAAGCUUGACACCAAAGAGGGGGAGAAGCAGGUUAUUAAGUUGGCAAAGACUAGGUCCAGGCAGCGACAAGACUUAGAUGGCUACAGUAUUUCUCUUAGCUACUCACUUAGUCUAGGGGGUAAUCAAAUUUUUGACGUCCAAAGACCACUAGAAUAUAGGUCAAAGAGUGAUAUUACCACAGGAGAAGUAAGAGAAGCUCUCAAAAAGAUGGGGAGAACAAAGGCAGUCAGGCUAGAUAACAUCCCAAUUGAGCACAAACUAGAGAGGAGGUUAAUAACAAAUUGGCGAGUGGAAGGAAGCUUUAGAUGUGGGACAGCACCGGUAGAUGAACCAGGGGUGUCCAUUGAUGAAACAAUUGUUAAAAGUACAAGCAAAUACAAGUAUUUGGGAUCGAUCAUUCAAAGGGAUGAGGAGAUUGACAGAGAUGUAAACCAUCGUAUACAAGCGGGUUGGCUCAAGUGGCGAGUAGCCACUGCGGUGCUAUGUGAGAGGAAAUUACCAAGCAAGUUAAAAGGAAAAUUUUACCGUGCGGCAAUCAGAUUUGCUCUGCUAUAUGGGACCGAAUGGAUAGGGGUAGGUGGAGGCACUAUAUCAAUGUUUUAG